AUGAAUCACCAAAGCUAGAACUUAAGCUUGUCUUAACCUAAUGUUUUUUCUGCAUCCUUAGAUGGGAACUUUUAAAUUUACUAUAACAUUCUUGCGAUUAGAUUAAUUAACAAGGAGCAAAAUAAUAUAAUUCCUAUUGAUUUCUAAAUUCUGAGAUUGUCUGGAACUAGCAAAAUAUUUCAUGUUAUCGAUGUAAUUGGUUUCAUGAUUAGAUGGAAAAGACAUUGCAUUUAAGAAUUUACAAUUUUGGAUAAUUACAUAUAUAUAUGA